UCAAAGGCUAGAAAGAAAAUCUCCCAGCACCGAUACUGACUUCAGCAGAGGAGCCGGGGCGCGCUUUGGAGAAGGAUUCUGCACGAAAGUGGUAGAUAAAGCCUCGCUCUUCUGCAGCCAUUUCCCUGCUUCGCAAGAUGGAUUCUGCCUCACCGGCUACUUCUUCGUCGGCAGCGAUAGCGCGACAAACAUGGGAACUCGAGAACAACAUCGUGGCCAUAGAUUCGCCAGCGGAGUCGGACGCGAUCUACUACUAUGAUGAUGUUGCUCAGGCCAAGCAGGAGAAGCCGUGGCAACACGACCCCAAUUUCUUCCGCCGUGUGAAAAUCUCCGCUCUAGCGCUUCUUAAGAUGGUCGUUCAUGCUCGCUCCGGUGGCACCAUCGAGGUUAUGGGACUUAUGCAGGGCAAGAUCGAGGGCGACACGUUCGUGGUGAUGGACGCCUUUGCUCUCCCCGUUGAGGGCACCGAGACUCGUGUCAAUGCUCAGGCUGACGCCUAUGAGUAUAUGGUUGAUUACUCCCAGACCAACAAGCGGGUUGGGAGGGUGGAAAAUGUGGUAGGAUGGUACCAUUCUCACCCUGGUUAUGGGUGCUGGCUAUCAGGCAUUGAUGUAUCAACACAGAUGCUGAAUCAAAAAUACCAAGAGCCGUUCUUGGCAGUUGUAAUCGAUCCCACCAGGACUGUGUCUGCUGGGAAGGUUGAGAUUGGGGCCUUCAGGGCAUAUCCUGAGGGCUAUAAUCCACCUGAUGAGCCAGUAUCAGAAUACCAAACCAUUCCUCUUAACAAAAUAGAAGACUUUGGGGUCCAUUGCAAGCAGUAUUAUGCAUUGGAUAUAACUUACUUCAAGUCGUCUCUGGAUGGCUACCUAUUGGAUUUACUUUGGAACAAGUAUUGGGUAAACACAUUAUCAUCAUCCCCACACUUGGGCAACAGAGACUAUGUUGCAGGGCAAAUUUCUGAUUUAGCUGAGAAGUUGGAGCAGGCAGAUAAUCAAUUAGCCCACACACGAUUGGGGUCUUUUUUUGUCCCUUCACAGAGGAAGAAAGAGGAGGAAUCCCAACUGACAAAGAUAACCCGUGAUAGCUCAAAAAUUACCGUUGAGCAGGUCCAUGGUCUUAUGUCCCAGGUUAUCAAGGAUAUGCUAUUUAACUCUGUGCGGCAGUCGAAUAAAACCGUAGCGAAUCAUGCAGACCCCUCAGGACCUGAACCAAUGGUUGAAGCUUAACUUGAAAAGAUAUUCAGAAUUUUGCCGAAAUUCUCGAUCUCGUAGGGUUUCAGACACCCAUGGUUUGUGUUGUAGGGUUCUGAAUCAUCAGACUCAAUUCAAUGUGCAUAUUUCUUCAUUUGGCUUUCUGUGAUUCAGGAGUUCAUUUCAGAGCUCUUGCUCAGAUGAGGAAAAGCUUAGCUGCCAUGGCUGACUAUUGUUUAGUGCAUAUUGAGGAAAAGCCUUUUUUUUACUCAUUAUAUUUUUGCUCCUUUCGUGGAAAAUGCUCUGAAAUCUCAAAUUUCCUCUCAAAACUGCUAAAUUUUGUUCAAAAGCUUUUGUUUUGGAGAAUUUAACAUGCACGCUUUACACAAUUCUUAUGUAUUUACAUAUCUAA